UGUCACAACACGGCCUUGCCGUACGAGAAGACUCAGUAUAAAUAGUCAGCAUCUUCAACAGGUGAGCAUCAUUCGUUCGAUUGCUUUGUAGUCAAACACACUAAAAACUUCAAAAUGAAAUCGUUCAUUGUUCUCGCUCUCUUCGUGGCCGUCGCCAUCGCCGCUCCUGCCACCCCUGAUGGCGAUGCUCAAAUCGUCAAGUACGAAAGCGACAACAUUGGAGUCGAAGGCUACUCAUACUCUGUUGAUACCAGCAACGGCAUUUCUCAGAGUGAAAACGGUGUGGUGAAGAACCCAGGAACUGAAGGCGAGGCUCUCGAAGUCCGCGGCGAGUACUCCUACCCCGGUCCAGACGGCGUUGUCUACCGCGUGAGAUACAUCGCCAACGAGUUGGGUUUCCAGCCUGAAGGCGAUCACUUACCCAAAGCGGUUUAAACCACCUUUAAUAAUCCAUACAUCUAGUCCAAAAUACUCGUCCUCUGACCUCUCCCUACUUUCCUCGUUAAGAAUCAAUCGUUCAAGCGAUUCUGUGAUAUGAUCCCGAUUUUGUAUAUUUGUUAAUAAACAAUUACGUUUUAAUUUA